CACCCAGUUUGUCCCUCACCGCUCGCCGUCGUUGAGUCACGUGACUAACGAACGCUCUUUCAAAAUGUCUACCUGUUACUGUGUGUAAACACCAGAGCAGCUUUUAAACCAGCGCCUGUUUUUGGUCGAGCGCCAUCAUGCCUUUACACUUCUGCCCACAAUGCGGCUCAAAAAUGCAGCCUGGGUUCCGGUUCUGUCCGAGCUGUGGGGAGAAGCUGCCCAGCCUGGUGGAUCCUCCUGAAUCCACAAACCCUGUGGUGGCGGUGGUUCCUGAGGCGGUGUGUGAGCCGAGUGCAGCCCCGGUCCGGACUCUGGACAUCACCAUGACCGGUGUUUCUGGUGAUCCGUCCUCCUCCUCCUCAGCACUGAUUCGCUCUCCCAUCAGAGCCACACGCAGAUCCGUCGUCAGGAAAACCCGCAAUCCAUCCACACCAUCUAAACCUGCAGCAAACAAGGGUCAGAGUCCGGUCACAUCGCCUCGGAAACAGAAAAUGUCCCCGGAAGUGAAAGAAGAGGAAGAGCAAAAGAAAGUGUUCUCUCCGUCUUGUCAGACUCCACCCUCAGGCAAAGCUAAACGGGCGAAGCGAGUGUGUGCCGUGGAGCCCGUGGAGGAAGGACUGGAGUUUUGUGACCAGUCAGGAAAGAAAUGGAGACUCGGGAAGCUGUUGAGUCAGACUGACGUGGAGCUGACAUACGAGGUGCAACAGGUUGGUGUACGGAGCUCAUCGAAUGACUCGAAACACAUAAUGAGACUGGGUGCCAAAGAUGGACAGCUGUUUAAUGAACAGAAUUAUCUCCAAAGAGCUGCCAAACCUGCUGCAGUGGAGAAGUGGAUGAAGAAGCUCAGCUUGGACUUCCUUGGAAUUCCAUCAUGUGUUGGUUUUGGGGUUCAUGAAACGUACAGGUUUUUGGUAUUUCCCGAUAUGGGCUGCACUCUGCAGUCAGUUCUGGACACACAGACGGAGAGUCUCCAUGAGAGAGAAGUCCUGCAGCUGGCACUGCGAUUAUUGGAUGCUCUGGAGUUCAUCCAUGAGAAUGAGUACGUUCAUGCAGACAUCCACGCUGGAAACAUCUACAUCAGCACCCAGGGACACUCGCAGGUUUUUCUGUCAGGUUUUGGUCACGCGUUCCGGUUCUGUCCUGGAGGGAAACAUGUGGAAUAUCGGGAAAACAGCCGGACGCCCCAUCAGGGAAACCUCAACUUCAUCAGUGUAGAUUCACACAAAGGGUCUGGUCCAUCUCGGCGCAGUGAUCUACAAUCUCUGGGUUUUUGUUUGCUCUUCUGGCUGACUGGCUCUCUGCCCUGGAGUCCCAUCACUCAAUCAGGCUCAGCUGUUUCUGCACAGAAAGACAAGUAUAUGGCUGAUGUUCCUGGAUUAAUGAAAUUCUGUUUUAAAAAGAAGAAAAUUUCAAGUGCAUUACAGAGCUACCUGUUCCAGGUGAUGAGCCUGCAUUACACCGAGAAGCCCAGUUACUCCGCGCUGAAACAGGAGCUUAACGAGGCUUUACAGGAUCUGGGUGGAUCUUUGAGAGAACCGCUGACUUUCUGAUAGAGAGCGUGAAGAGAGAUGGCGCUUGACUCAGAUUGCCUUGGAUUUUACAAUAAAUCAUUUGCUUUUAGAGGAAACUGGAUAAUUAUGAAUGAAUGAAUGAAUGAAUGAACCCUUUGUCAGUAGUCACAAGUACCAGCGAACUUAGCCGUCAACCUGUCCGCACAUAUACAUGCAUGCAUACAUACAUACAAUUGACACAGGGGUAGACAGGACAGGAAGACAGGGAUGAAAAAUACAGAAUAACAUGAGGGGAGAGGAGGAGAAAAAAAAAACAACCCCCACACUAUGCUUCUGUGGGAAGUACAGUGUGGGAACAUUAAAAACACACCUCAGCACAUAAACACAAAAAACACAGUACACUUUACAACAUGAAAGCUCGGGACUCGAGGGGGAAGGGAGUGAGGGAGGGCAAUCAUGGGGGGCAGAAGUAUAGGUAACCCAGCGCAAACGAGCAGUCCGGUCCUGCAGCCAGACGGCGCUUACCCACUUGUCACACUGGGGGUAAAAAAUUAUGAUGUUUGAAGUGCGUUCUAAUGUUUUACAUUACAUGGCUGUGACUACUGAGUUUGUGGUUAAAGCCAAGAUUUCACUUAGUUUCUCUUUUUUAAGCACCAUCACUGUUAGUAGUAGUUAGUAAUAAUUGUUUGUAAAAAUGUGUGGAUUUGACAAACUAUUUUAUUAAAAAUCGUGCUGUUA